AUGGUUGACAACAUAGAGAAGAAAAUUCUCAUAAGGGAAUUCAAUGAAGACAGAGACUUUGAAGUGGUGGGGAAGCUUGAGAGGAAAUGUGAACUAGGGUCUAAAAUGGGGGUCUCCAUUUUCACUACCAUGAUUGGUGACCCUUUAUGUAGGAUUCGCUUCUACCCCCUUCAUGUCAUGCUGGUAGCUGAGCUGCUUGAAAAUGGGAAGCUUGUCGGAGUGGUUCGAGGAUGCAUUAAGGGCGUGGCAACUGGUUUUGGGGAAGCUCAUGUGAAGAUAGGUUGCAUACUUGGCCUUCGAGUCUCUCCUACACAUCGACGGAUGGGAAUAGGAUUAGAACUUGUGAAUUCAGUUGAAGAAUGGCUGAUGAGAAAUGGAGCAGAGUACACAUUUCUAGCCACUGAAGAGAACAAUACUGCCUCUAUGAAUCUCUUCACUCUCAAAUGCAACUACGUCAACCUUAGCUCAUUGGUCAUAUUUGUUCAACAAAUUUGUUUCCCCGAGAAGAAUCUGCCGGAAGAUAUAAAAGUAGAGAAGCUGCACAUAGACCAGGCAAUUUCCUUGUACAAACAGAAGCUGAAAGACAAAGAGAUAUGUCCAGCAGACAUUGACGCCAUUUUGAAGGAAAACCUCAGCCUCGGCACUUGGGUAUGCUACUUUAAGGAAGACGGUUGGAUGAGCAUAAACAGCAAUGAAAAGAAUGAUCAGGAUCAGGAUAUCAGCAAAACCCGAAGCUCUUGGAUAAUCUUUAGCAUAUGGAAUAGUUGUGAAGCUUAUAAUUACAAGCUUCAAAUAAGAAAGUCCUCCCGUCCACUGUCAUCUUGUCGUGAAACAUUAAACCAUGCAAAAGAGAAAAUUUUCCCUCGCCUUGUAAGGCCAAUGAGUGACUCUCUUGGGUUUCUGUUUCUUUAUGGGAUUCUUGGAGAGGGACAGAAGCUUGGGGAGCUUAUGAAAGCUAUAUGGAGCUUUGCAUCAAAUGUGGGACAAAAUGUGAAGGACUGUAAGGUGAUUGCAGCUGAGCUAGGGGUCACUGAUCCUCUCAUUAAGCAUGUUCCUGAUCAGGAAUACUCCAUGUCACGUAUCAAUGAUCUCUGGUACGCCAAAAAAUUGAUGCUCCAUGAUAACAUGGAUAGAUUAAUGCUGGCCAUGGGACCAGUAGGAGAUGUUUUUGUCGAUCCAAGAGAUUUUUAG